UGGCUGACCCAUAGCAGCCACAGAGCAGGUCUGACUCAUUCAGCCUAACAGCAAGGUAAUGAAACUGCCCAACCGUGGUUUUCUUCAUGGGGUGCGAAAUCUUGUUGUUGUUCAAUUAAAAUCUAAUAACAACAAUUAAUAUGAAAGUAAUAAUUUGUGUGCUAUCUGUGGCUUACAGAAUCGAUGUCCAGCCCUGAGGUGGAAGAAGGCAGCAGCAGGCCACCGCGAGCGAUGAGCCCGGGAACAGUUGCACUCAUGUGUGAUGAGCAGGACACAUUGUUUGCUGAACCUCCAUCGCCGCCAGGUGCGGGGCAGAGUGGCACUUCUUUCGGUGGUGGCAUUGAACAGCGGUUUGCCAGGGACGGGCCGACAUCGUCAUACACAGCAGCAUUGUAUGCAGAGCAAGAGCGAGUGGUAUUGGAGGAAUUCUGCACCUGUUUGAAAAAGAUCAUCCAAGUCGGGAAGAAGCGAGCUGCUAAGCUUCCGUUGGAUCAUUCAAAGAUGGACUACGCAAACGCGGCAGUAUUAUGUGGUGGACACGCGUCAGGGAGUUUGGGGGUGAUGGCCUCGGCAGAUGUCCAAGGGAAUGGAGGUUUCCACAUGCAGAACCACGCGCCGGCUAUGGCAUUGAGCUUGCAAUCGCCAUUUAUGGUUCCCAUAGCCAGUGCAGGCCAUGUUCCUGUGCCGAUGCCCGGGUCGGCGCUUCAGCCUUAUCCACCAGCAGGAGCGGGUGGUGCAUCAGCUACAGCGCCGGGAGGAAUGGUAGGAGUGCCAGGGGCUGUGACUGGCCAGAAUCACCUCGCAAUGGCGCCUAUCAGCAGUCAAAUGCAGAUGCCAGGUAUUGUUGUUGGGCUGGGAUUAGGAGGGGGAGGGAGAGGGAUCGUAGCCCUCAGAAGUGGCAUGUCAACCAACAACGAUAAGAUGAUGCAACUGAAUUUGACAGCCACUGCUCAGUUGUGAUUGUAUGCUAGAGUAUAGUUCUUGAUUGAUAUUUUCCGCUCUUCUGCUGACGCUGGCCUCUGGCCAUGCAGUGGAUAGGAGAAGGGAGCACGCGGCACGUGGAGGUGGAGAGCAAAUGCAUGGGGAGUCGUCACCGUUUAGUGUGUCAAGUUGUGGUGUAGGAGGACGACACUGUUGUUGAUUCGUUGACCGACACUGCUGUUGGAGUAGCAGAGAAGCAGAGGUGGAGAGCAAAUGCAGACGACUGCGGGAAUACGGUCGGUGCUCGAAUAGACGACAGGGGUGAGUGUUGUCAUGAAAGACCGCUGUCGCGUCUUGUUCCUGCCAAAGCGGUUGCCCCUCAACCACUUUUCUGCUGCUUCUGCUGCUGCUGCCAGCAGGGUGUUGAAGAGUCCAGUAGCCAGUGCCCCACCCAUGUUUGCUGCCAUCGGCGAGUGGCAAAAGUAAACAUGUUGUGGAAUAUAGAAAUGCGAUUGAAUGCGCAGUAAUCAUGCCCUUUUGCUUUCUCGCGCUGUGGCCGUGCGGCGUGUUUGCAGCCACCUUAGUGUAGUUGAAGUAAAUACGCUGUGGAAUA